AAACCCCCCUCACUUGGCCCUCGCCAACUCUGUAUCUAUAUUUAUAUAUAUACGCGCGGGCGCGCUCAAACACUCACACACAUAUACUCCAUUCCUUCCGCCACCACCCUAGCAGAAACAGUAUGGUGAAAGCAUCACUGCUUUGAAAGUGAUUGAAUAACUGAGAUUCAGGAAGUGACUCCGAAGGUAUAGUUAGAUGGCGUUGAUGGAAAAAGAUGUCGAGAAUGGGAAAGAAAGUGUCCCACUUGGUAACAAUGGUUUUCUGAAGGGAGGGCAAUCUUCUUCUGCCUCCAAAGGUUCUCCUGGUAGAAUAAGUCCUAUAAAGAAGAGUUUUGAGGGGAAGGAUGCCAUCACUUAUGCAAAUAUUCUUCGCUCUAGGAACAAGUUUGUUGAUUCACUUGCUAUCUAUGAGAGUGUGUUGCAGAAGGAUAGUGGGAGUAUUGAAUCUCUGAUUGGCAAAGGUAUUUGCCUGCAGAUGCAGAACAUGGGGCGGCUUGCUUUUGAAAGUUUUGCUGAAGCUGUCAAGCUGGACCCACAAAAUGCGUGUGCCCUCACUCAUUGUGGAAUUUUGUACAAAGAUGAGGGUCGUCUGGUCGAGGCUGCUGAGUCCUAUCAGAAAGCACUUAAAGCUGACCCCUCAUAUAAACCAGCAGCAGAAUGCCUUGCAAUUGUAUUGACUGAUAUUGGGACCAGCCUGAAGCUUGCUGGUAACACGCAGGAGGGAAUUCAGAAAUAUUAUGAAGCUAUCAAAAUCGACUCACAUUAUGCGCCUGCUUAUUAUAACCUUGGCGUUGUAUAUUCUGAAAUGAUGCAAUACGACAUGGCCCUUAAUUGCUAUGAGAAGGCUGCACUCGAGCGGCCUAUGUAUGCUGAAGCUUAUUGCAAUAUGGGCGUUAUAUACAAAAACCGUGGGGAUUUGGAGUCUGCAAUUGCUUGUUAUGAGAGGUGUUUAGCUGUGUCGCCAAAUUUUGAGAUUGCAAAGAAUAACAUGGCAAUUGCUCUGACUGAUUUAGGCACAAAGGUUAAAUUGGAGGGAGACAUCAACCAAGGUGUGGUAUAUUACAAGAAAGCUCUUUACUACAACUGGCACUAUGCUGACGCAAUGUAUAAUCUUGGUGUUGCCUAUGGUGAAAUGCUGAAAUUUGACAUGGCCAUUGUGUUUUAUGAACUUGCUUUCCACUUCAAUCCUCAUUGUGCUGAAGCAUGCAACAAUUUGGGAGUGAUAUACAAGGACAGGGACAACCUUGAUAAAGCAGUGGAGUGUUAUCAGAUGGCUUUGUCAAUCAAACCAAACUUUUCUCAGUCAUUAAACAAUCUCGGAGUAGUUUACACGGUUCAGGGUAAAAUGGAUGCUGCUGCUAGCAUGAUUGAGAAAGCUAUCAUUGCAAACCCAACAUAUGCAGAGGCAUAUAAUAAUUUAGGAGUUCUAUACAGGGAUGCAGGAAAUAUAUCUCUGGCCAUUGAAGCAUAUGAGCAGUGCCUCAAGAUCGAUCCUGAUUCCCGAAAUGCAGGCCAGAAUCGGUUACUUGCCAUGAACUACAUUAAUGAAGGAACUGAUGACAAGUUAUAUGAGGCUCACAGAGACUGGGGUCGACGUUUUAUGAAAUUAUAUCCUCAGUACACUUCAUGGGACAACUCAAAAGUCCCGGAAAGGCCACUUGUGAUUGGAUAUGUGUCUCCUGAUUAUUUUACUCACUCUGUCUCAUACUUCAUCGAAGCACCACUUGCAUAUCAUGACUACACAAACUACAAGGUGGUGGUUUAUUCAGCUGUUGUAAAGGCAGAUGCAAAAACAAACAGGUUUAGGGACAAAGUCUUGAAAAAGGGUGGUGUCUGGAGGGAUAUCUACGGGAUUGAUGAGAAAAAGGUCUCCAGCAUGAUUAGAGAAGAUAAAGUUGAUAUUAUGGUUGAACUUACAGGUCACACUGCUAAUAAUAAACUGGGAACGAUGGCUUGUCGACCUGCGCCUGUACAGGUGACUUGGAUUGGAUACCCUAACACAACUGGUUUGCCCACGAUUGACUAUAGAAUCACUGAUGCUAUGGCUGACCCUCCUAACACAAAACAGAAACACGUGGAAGAGUUGGUUCGAUUGCCAGAUAGCUUUCUUUGUUAUACACCUUCUCCUGAAGCUGGGCCAGUGUCUCCAGCACCUGCUUUAUCCAAUGGCUUUGUUACGUUUGGUAGCUUCAACAAUCUUGCCAAGAUAACACCUAAAGUGCUGCAAGUCUGGGCAAAAAUUCUUUGUGCAGUUCCGCAUUCUCGGCUAAUUGUUAAGUGCAAGCCUUUCUGUUGCGAUAGUGUGAGGCAGAGAUUUCUUUCUAUUCUAGAGCAGUUGGGAUUGGAGCCACAGAGAGUUGAUCUUUUGCCAUUAAUCCUUCUAAAUCAUGAUCAUAUGCAAGCAUAUUCCCUCAUGGAUAUUAGCUUGGAUACUUUUCCUUAUGCUGGAACAACUACCACAUGUGAAUCACUAUACAUGGGAGUUCCUUGUGUCACUAUGGGAGGUUCCAUACACGCUCAUAAUGUUGGUGUGAGUCUUCUCAAGACAGUUGGGUUACAGAACCUUGUGGCGAGGAAUGAAGACGAGUACGUUGAGUCGGCUAUACAGUUGGCUUCGGAUGUUACAUCGUUGUCAAACUUGAGAAUGAGUCUUCGAGAGCUCAUGUCAAAAUCACCACUUUGUGAUGGGACACAGUUCACCCGAAAUCUUGAGUCAAUAUACAGGAGUAUGUGGCGCAGGUACUGUGAUGGAGAUGUGCCCUCUUUGCGACGCAUUGAAUUAUUUCAGCAGCAGACACAAACAGAGCCGGUGGUUCCAGACGAGUCACCUGUGAAUUCAGUGGAAAAAACCAUGAUUUCUGCUUCAAUAGGCGGAUCCAUUAAAGAGAAUGGGUUCACUACGAUGCCACCUUUGGUAUAUAAUAACUCUUCCACUGGUGAAGAAAAUGGGGUGCAGUUAAAUCAAAAUAGUAGUCCUGGCAGAUGAGUUGAGAGUUGUUGGUCGAUGAGUCUGUCUGUUUAGAAGAAGUGGGGAAUGAUUGGUAAUAGAAGCCAAGAUUCAAGAACAAGUCUUGCGAUAGCGUGUGUGAAAUCAGACCAGGCCUCUUGUAUCAUAUAAUUUAUGAGGCACUUACUGCGCUAGAUUGAAUGACUGGCUUGGUUAAUGGCUGCAAUUAUCUCUGUUGCAGAGUGUGCAGGCAUAAUUCUUUUUCGGAAAAGAAUUUUGGAAGGGCUAGUGAAAUUAUUAUUUGUUCCAAAAAUAGAAUUGUAGUGUAUUAGGAUGUGGCUUGUACUAGUUAUAUCUCGCUUGCCUGAGUUUACAGGUGGGAUUUUCCCCCCUUACCGUUGUAAGAAGUAUAGCAGAUUCAGAUCCUCUUUCUAAUGGAACGAUCUGUUAUUUUCUUUUUUCUAUUUAACUUUUAAGAAUUUUAUCCUCCAAACGGGUUGGAGGAUUCGGGCUAA